UUUGAUCGCGAACGUCUUCCUCCAGUUAUACGCGAGCGAUUGCGGCUGUCGUUCGAAACGGAUAAUAAAAUGAAUUCGCGCUGCGAGAGAAUCGCAGCGUCUACUAGAUAAACGUGGAUACGUUCUACGUCUAACGUCUUUUCCGCGAGAUAAAUGGCACGUGGCUCGCAUGAGAUCGAAAAGGAGAACCACGAGUGGAAUAUUCGACGGCGAAUUUGGGCGAAAUUAGGCGUGAAAUGCGCCGUGUGCUUCGAAUAUUUUUGAACAACACUCGCGAGCGUAUUUCCGUCUAUAACUCGGCGUACGCGUUUGCGUGCGGCACUUACACAUACCGCUACAUAUCCUUUGCGAAUGAUCCAUCGAGACGAUUUUCGUAUUCCUCCUGUGUUACUCCUGCCAAAUUCACUCUAGCUACGUUCUUUCUUUGCCCAUUCUCUUUUCUCGAUAAAAGGAUCACAUAUGCGUAUGCACAUAUAUAUACACACACAUUUCUUUUCUUGUCUUUUUUUUUUCUUUUCGUGCUCGUUAACGUUCCCCGAGUUGGACAACGUAACCAACUCCUCGAGAAAGAAAAAACGAUGCGAAUAGAUGAGAUAAAAAUAUGAAUCCUCGUCCUUUCGUAAAAGUAACAAAAGAAGAAAUGGACAAAUCGAAGGAAUGGCAUUUCUACGUCGACGACGACGACGACGACGUAGAACUCGAAUGAGAUUUAAAUAAUCAUAUAUAUCGAACGAAGCAAUAAAUCGAGUCGCGUCCAGCGGCCCUUACCCGGCAUCGCCACCCCUAACUACUGCCAUCUAUGGCAAUGGGGUGGACCAAGUGAUAUAUGUCUUUCCUAUAACGUCCAGAAUCAAAACAGGCAGUUCUUUUCCCCUUAGCCGAAUAGAACGUUGUUCUACGGUUCCUACUAUGUCCUUUGGAUUCUGCAGUAGACACGAGUAGCUAUCUCGAAGGAUGUUGCUUGCAUUAAUUACAGUUAACUUAUAGGAACGAGGAAAAAGGGGAUGGUCAAAGGACUAUUCCCGAUAUCAUAAUUCUGAUUCUUCGUGGCUCUCUAAUGUUUCCCAUGUUCCUUUCGAAAUUUAUCAGAGAAUAAGUAUUUCUACCAUCUAAUGUCGUAAUAAAUAACAAAACUACCGGUUACUUACGCUCUAGUAUUGCGUACUUAUUGUUAACGAGAGGAAUAAAGAGAGAAUGAUAGUUUCCCAGUUUAGAAAGCCUAGUAGUAGCACAUUAUCAUAAUUCCAAAAGAGUCAACGUGCUGUAUCUGCCCAGGAACGAGAUUCUGCUGCAGAGGAGAUUACACCACGCCUGGACGUUGCCCACUUGACCGGUAUUAUAGAUGUAAUAUCGUAAACAACGUUUCUCUCAGCUUGCACGAGACCAAGAGAGGUACAGAGAGGGCGUUUAUAUCUGCACAAGUCACGAGCUCUCUCUCUCGUCUCCCUGUUUUAAAGGAAAGAGGGGUGAGGGUGUGUGUGUGUGUGGGGGGGGGGGGGAGAGAGAGAGAGAGAGAGAGAAUGGGAUGGAGAUAGUAGAGGGAGAUGAGUCGACUUUUCUCUCUCGUUCUCGCUCUCUAUCCUCUAUCUCCGCUUACAUCUUCGUAUGGAACCCUUUACAAGCGUAAGCGGUGUUUACCGUUGAAUAUUCAUUUCUUCGAUCCCGACGCGGUUCGUGAACACGCUCUCUCUCUCUCUCUCUCUCUCCCUCUCUCUCCUCCUUUCUGUAUGUCCACACAUUAACCAGAUUCAGGCUGACCAUACGUUUGCCGUGACUACUUUCUUCUUUUUAACGUACCUCCGUAGCAAGCAAACACGAACGCCGAUAUUCACAAGUCGCACGAUUGUUAAAGCAGAGUCUAAAGCGAUAGAUCGGAACGAUUCUUUCGUCCUUCCAUUCACUUCAUUUUUUGUGUGCUUUCUUUUUUUCUCUUCUUCGUUCAGAGUUACAUCGGAAAAACAGAAAGAAAUAUCGAAAAACUCCAACCCUCUCACCAUUUCUUCCUCUACCCCAAUCACUAUAAACACAAGCAGAUCAGAAUAGCGAAACUAUCGUAGGGACGAUAAAAGCGUGCACGGGUCCAUCCUCUCCGUGGGAGUAAAGUUUCGAUUCGGCUCGCGUCACUGGCCCAGCUUAAAUGUUACGAUUAAAAGCAUCGGAGGACCGCCCAGACCGUGUUUCGAAUUCAAGGUUGCGAGUUGCGAAGUUUCGAGCAAGGAAGAAAGAAAGGAAAGAAGAAAAGACUCCAUUUUGCGAAAGAUAUUUUCUUUCCUUCUCUUUUCCUUUGUCGUUCUGUUGUCGAAUCGAAAAAAAAGGAUAGAAACGAUAUCAGGAGGAUGGGUUUACGUUUAUCGUAAACAACGCCGUAGACAAGGCCCAGCGAUCAGGAGGAAAACGAUUUCGAUGAACUCGCUUGAAGGUAUUCGUACCUACUCGUGAUACCUACGCUCUGAUACGUUCUCGUAAAUAUCGCCCUAACGAGGGAUUCCAAAGUUUCCUCUCUCAUUCUUCCCAGCAAAGCUGCUUCAUUGCUGCUUCCUCUCUCUCUCUCUCUCUCUCUCUCUCUCUCUCUCUCUCUCUGUCUAUUACUCGAGUUGUGUGGAUGAUAAGCUUCGAUCGUUCUCUUCUUAUACAACAACGAUGAAAAAUAAUUGCAACUUUCAAGUUCGCGACGAGUGAAUUUUUGUGCGGAAUAUUUUGUCGUGUCACGGAAAGUAUCGGUGCCGAUCGAAGAUGCUAGGAGGCAGGACACGAGGACGAUCACUCAGAGCCCCUUCGAUUAGGUAUACCUCAACGAUAAAACCUCCUUUGCGUGGAUUAGUUCGCUCAAUCAGGAAAUAUACUCGGAGCCCCCAUAAAAUCUCUCCCCGCUUGCAAACCCCUAUAUGCUCCGUAUGUACUUCCCUUCUACUAUGUGCUUCCCUUCUUUUACGAAUCGACGUACGGCGACGUGCACAUGCCAAAGGAUAAGACGAGUCUUCCAAAAGGAAAGAGCCUCGUGGAAGAAGAGGAGGAAAAGAAAGAGAAAAGGAAGAAAGAAAAAAAGGAGAAUGACGGCUUACCAAGUAGACCUAAAAUUCCAGAAAAAGAUUGUACGACCGAAACGUCGUAUAAGCAACUUCGGAACCAAUGAUAAUAGAAUUCUAUUCCGAUUGUCAGCUUCUUAAAAGUUAUCCUUUUUAAGAAAACAAAAUAAUAAUAAUAAUAAUAAUAAUAAUAACGGAUAACAAUGAUCUAAGGGUUGUAUCAAACGAAUGUCGUAUGCGAAAAGGAAUUUUCGCGAUCGCGUUCGAACCGACGAGAGAGCUUGGAUCCGUUUUCCUUUGAGAACGGAUGUAUUUUAAAGUCCGUCGACUCAAUGUGCCGCGAAAUACGUCGUCCCCAUAAUGCAAUCUCUCCCUCCUAAAUACAGAUCCUAUAUAGACGAAUACUAUCCUUAUAACCUCCUAUUUAUAAUAUCCAUCUUUUCCUUGAGAACCCGUGAAACGUGCUAGUUUUAAACAAUUCCAUCGGAGGCGCGAACCCCUCGGCUAGACUUUUUCCGAAAGUUUGACAAAUUGCCACGCGUUCUCCCGAUUCCGAUGAUAAGAGAGCGCUUUCGUUUCGAAAUCCUGACAAGGUAUAAUAAAUAAAAAACAAGGAUGAAUAUGGAAAAAGAGGACACGAACGUAGAAACGCCUGGAAAGGCCGAAACGGAGAAGGUUUAACGAGCGUGCGCUCUAAACCAACCGUGCCGUAGAAGUCAAUUCGAUAGCAGUUAACGAAUUGUUGGGGAUGAAUAGAAGGGGUUUGCGGUUAGCACGAGGGGCUGACAGGGUGAACGCAUAAUACAUUGUUACCCCAUCCACCAAGUCCGACCCAGCGAUCAGUAAUUUUCCCUAUACGAGAAGGCUGGAUGAACUAUCUCAUAAUUAAAAUUACCCCACUAUACUUGCGUUUAAAGACCGAACUCCCUGAGACAACUCCUCGCAGUUAUUCCUUCACUUUUGCGACUAGUAGUUUAAACCUAGAUUUCUCUUAGAUCAACGCCUAGUCCCUUAGUUCUUAAGCGAUAUACGAUCGAUAUCAUUUCAUAUUAUUGGAAGCGAUUUAGAGUCGAUUCGAAUUUCUCUCCAUUAAUUUCCUUCUUCUUCUUCUUCUUCAUCCUUUCCCCGCAGCUCAAAGUCGAAGCGUCGCUUCGUUCAAGUGUCUCCGAGAAUCGUUAGGGUGGCUGAUAUCAAAUACCAGUUUUCGCCCCUUUCCCAUCCCCGGCCCCGAUUUAAAACGUCGCACGCGGCCACCCUCUCGUCGCGUAACGAAAGUUCCUCGGCUCGUUGAAUUCGUGCCGCCGCGAUAUCGCCCUAAUAUUGGAUUAUAUCGAUAUCGUUUACACGGGGGCAGAGAGAGAGAGAGAGAGAGAGAGAGAGAGAGAGAGAAGGAACGCUACAUUACCUGUUACUACGUCUAUCUCAAUCGCAGCGUAUCGAUCCACGCCAGCGAUCGCAAUCCGAGUUACGUUUAUCCUCCGUCCGGAAGAGAAAACGAUCGUUUUAAGGUGCGAUACGUGACGGUAUUCUCUAGCUACGGAUUCGCGAGCUGCAUUAGCAUCGGAGCCCUUUAAUAGUCAGGGUAAUGACGUGUGCUCGAGCACACGGUUCACGGUGUUUAACACUUUAUCUAUCUCCUCAAAGUUAUUAAUGACACUCGCUGAGUCAGACACGGUAGAGCGGUGAGAAGCGGCAUCUUCAAAGUUUAAUAUCCGAACAACCGAGUCACUCGGCCGAGAGACAGUACUCGAGUGAACGAUAGACAGAGAGAAAGGGAAUCUACGAAACGGCUGCAGAGUAUCCUACGUUUCGACUUUCAAUAUCUGGGCUGUCUUCCUGGCGUCGCGGUCGGAUCGAGAGAGCAUUUAAUUUCGAAGGAUCGGAGGACCAGAACGACGAGUGGCCAAAUAUUCCAUUUGGACGUAUCCAUAACUAUAUAUAUAUAUAUAUAUAUAUACACAUGCGAGCACUUUCGAGUCAAGAGAGAUGCGUGUGCCUUCUUUUCAUCCCGAUCUAUUCUCCUUCGCUAUGUCUUAUCAGGGGGAUCCCAUAAAGUAAUCAUAAUUUUCAUUUCAAUCGGCAAAAGCAAGAAUAUUAAUAGAAAGGGAAUUAUCGUGGUAUCUAAUGCCAAGGUCGCCAGAAGGAAGGCUCUCUCUAGGUUUGCGUACUACACUUUUAUACGACACACACGUACUAUUUCGCCCGAUCGAUGCCCUUACCAUUUGCAUAUCGAAUGUAAUCGGUUAGGUUGGAUUUAUCGCGUCGACGAGCAGAAUCGAUGAAAAACAUUGAAUGAAUAUUUUAUAGUCGUACGAGGUGGCCGUCGCAGACGCACGACAUUCCGCUUUAAGUGCCGCUCAGUUAACGUCUACGCGUUUUCCAUUAACAAGAGGAAAGGGAAUAAAGUUUUUAAUCAACCGAAGAGAAGACAACAAAAAAAAGAAAGGAAAUUGUCUGCAUUUGGAAUAUGAGAAGAUUGCAAAGGAAAAAUGGCACAAGGGAUUCUUCCGGGUCAAAGAAAAUAUCCUGGAACGUUUUUAAGAAUCAAGCUCGAGAAUUUUGUCUCGCGACAGGACUCCAUGGGUACAAGUACGUCGCACAAUCUCAACGUUCGAAAAUCGAACGAACAAUUUGGGCGAUCAUCUUGCUCGGCUCCUUGUGCUGUGCGAUCGUCCUUAUGAAGAUCGCUUGGAAUUACUAUGCUUCCCAUCCAACGCUCACGGUGAUAGAGACGACUCAUCGAGGUAUAUGGAAUUAUCCGUUUCCCGCCGUAACGAUUUGCAAUAUCAAUCGAAUAUCUCUCAAUCUGACGAGAGGCUUGGUCGACAUGUUGUCAUACCCGUCGAAUAUGUCCAAGGAGUUUCUCGUACAAGAAUUUCGACUACUUUUAGAAUUGCUCGAUCCUGGUGUGUUCGAGCACGACGUCACGGAAAACCUUACUCGUUUGCAAGAUAUUAUUGACGAUAAUGGGCUAACGAUAAGGGAGGUAAUGGAAAAGGUUACAAAGAACUGCAGCGAUCUCCUAAUAUCGUGCAAGUGGAACGACGUGUCAUUUGAGUGCGACGAAUUUUUUAAUCGGAUAUUAACCAGGGACGGUAUCUGUUGCAGCUUCAAUUACGUUUCGCCGUGCGACGUCGAAAAUUCGAUCGACUCGAAGCCGAGAAAAAUACAAGCGUGUGGAUAUCAAACUGGUCUAACGGUAAAGGUGAAUCCUGAUCCAGAGGAUUAUUUUGCGACCAUUCUCGGGUCUUACGGCGUCAAGGUCUUGGUACAUUAUCCGUACGAUUAUCCGGAUCACAACGCGAACGACAAGCUGAUCGAUUUGAACAAGCAAGCGUUCCUUAGCGUCUCGCCCGAAGAAACUUACGCGACGUUGGACGUUAAGGAUCUCGCAAUUUCAACGAGAAAUUGCGUUUUUAGCGACGAAGGAGAUAAGAUCCUAAAGUAUGAGAACGUUUACUACAGAAGAUUAACGUCCGUAAGAUAUUCUUACAUAAAUUGCAUGGCGGAAUGCCGUGCCAAUACCAUUAGGAAUAAGUGCGAUUGCAUCCCAUAUUAUUUUCCAUCAAGCGAGGCCAGAGUCUGUAAUUUGAAGGACGUUAAAUGCUUGUCGAUAUACAGAUCUUGGUACGAUACGUCGUGGCCCGGACAAGGCACGGAAGAAACUAUACUCGAGGAUAACUUGGCCGAGAUAUACGAGAGACCUUGCGGAUGUAUUCCCGAUUGCACCCUGUUUCAAUAUCCAGUAGACGUUUCCCAAGGGAUUCUCGAUACUAACAUUUCUUUCGAUGGAUUUCGUUAUCUGAGGAAAACUGGGAAACACGAAGGAUCCCAAAAUCAAAGCAUAAUCCACGUCUUCUUCAGCGAUUUGAUAGCUAUUCAGUAUCGUCGAAGAGUACGUUAUAAUUGGCGUAACUUGUUCGCGUCGUUCGGCGGACUUUUGGGUUUAUUCGUUGGAUUCAGUCUAAUGUCUGGCUUCGAAUUGAUAUAUUUCUUUAUCAUUCGAAUGAUCACCGAUAGAUUCGCAAAUAACGAUCGGGAGAAUCGUAACAAAUCGUAAAAGCUUUGUCUUCGAAAUACAAAGUAAUUCGAAAUUAUCGCUUUUAAUGUAAAACCAUGUCGAUAAUUUAAUAUAGAUUAAUAUGGAUGUAUUGCGUAUUAAAUCAUUGCCGAUUGAAAAGUAAAAGAGAUAAGAAUAAUUUCAAACGUUAUUACCUCAUUUCGCAUCAUUAAAAAGCAUUCUUGCUCUCGACACGGAGGAGCACAAUACGUAUUAACUCGUCAAUAAAUAAUAAAAUAAACAAUUAACGAAACAAAUCCGAAUGUUUUCUUAUCGUCAAUGCAUCUGCAUUAUCGACUUGGGGUAAAACUGUUGCUACGGCAAUUUUUAUCUCUCUCUCUCUCUCUCUCUCUCUCUCUGUAAAAAUACAGAACAUUAUUCGCCUCUUUCGUCAAAUUCCUUGACCUUUCCCAUCCCGACAUCCCUAUUUUCCUUUUGAAAGAUAAAAAAAAGUUGAUCGUCCACCGAACGUACAUUGAAAUCAGAUCGUACGAAUAAUAAUACAUACUUUUUGUCCCUUA